UUGAUGAAGGCUGAGUCUUCCGGAGGGCUUCGGAGUCUUCCUACCCAGGGAUCUUUUCCCCCCCACUUGGGGGCUCAACCCAAGGGGAGUGAUGGACACCCCCAAGACGCGGGUUCUUGAGAAAUGGAUUAACCAGCACCUUCCGCCUCUGGAGAAGGCCUCCCAUCUGGCAGGGCAGUAACUUUGAACCUGCUUCCUGUCUGAUGCAGGCGCUUGAAGCUCUCCAAAGAGCUGGUUUGAAGCCCAAAGGGGUGUGUUCUCACGGCGAAGCAAGGCGUGACAUCGUGGGCUCUUUGCUGGGGGGGGGUGAGUCUGGUGCGUGUCCACCCUGUAAGGUGAGGCACAGGCCGUCAUUUGUGACAUAAGAGGGUUAGAAUGUGGCCCCGAGCCUUUUAUUUCCUGAAUCACACUCGCUUUCUUGGUUAGAGGAAUGCUCGCUUGCCAUCCCGAAGGACGCCUGGAUGGUUUUACGGGACCGCAAUAAACAGUUCGAUCUUCCAAAUAGAUGAGCCUUUUAUCAAGCUGCACCCCCAUCAAAGUGAGCUGCGUGGGCUCCUGUGGAGUGUCCAACAAGAUGAACGACACGGCGUGGACCGUGGAAGAGCAGUAUUUCAAUACUACGCUGUCCCUGGCAGAUAAAGGGAUCUUGAGCAGUGGCGAACACACCUUUCCCUUCCGUUUUUUGCUGCCAGCCUCGGCCCCCACCUCUUUCGAAGGCCCUUUUGGGAAGGUGGUGCACCAGGUGAAAGCUGUGAUCGAGACACCCCGGUUUUCCAAGGACCACAAGUGUCACAAGGUCUUCUACGUUCUCUGUCCGCUGAAUCUGAACGACAUCCCAGAUAUUGAGCAAUUCAACACCCACUCCCUCACCAAGAAGUUCAGCUACAAGCUGGUGAAAACGGGGAACGUGGUUUUGACAGCCACCACCGAUCUGAAAGGUUACACCGUCGGGCAGAUCAUCCAGUUGCGAACAGACAUUGAGAACAAAUCUGGCCGGGACACCAGCACCAUCAUAGCCAGCCUUGUCCAGAAAGUUGCCUAUAAAUCCCGGCGGUGGAUUUAUGACUUGAGGACUAUCGCUGAAGUGGAGGGCUCCGCUGUGAAAGCCUGGAAGCACGCAGAGUGGAAGGAGCAGGUCCUCGUCCCAGCGUUGCCACAAUCCAUUCUGCAAGGCUGCAGUCUUAUUCACAUCGAUUACUACAUCCAGGUCUCCCUCAAGUCCCCCGACGUCUCCGUCGCAUUGCCCAUUUACAUUGGCAACAUUGCCGUGAACCGGAUCCCCUUAAGUCCUUCUCACCUGGUCCCCAGCCUUCCCUCGCCGGUGGUCCCGAGCGCGCCUCCCGAAGAAGAAGCAGCAGCCAGGGGUCAUUCCCACCCCAUGGACAAUAUUUCAAUCCCUACUAAGAGCCAUUCCCAACAGCAGCCCUUCAGCUACGCCCCAGGAUUGAGCUUCCCGGAAGUGAGACCGGAUUCGGAGCAGAUCACCUCCCCCAACUGUCCCACUCUUUGCUUGUCGACGGGAUCAACGGUUCCUUAUUACGCUGAGGGUGCUGUUGUUCCAGUGGCCACGGCCAGUUCUUUGAUCCUACCGCCCGAGUAUAGCACUUGGGGUUAUCCAUCCGAGGCACCUCCUUCCUACGAACAGAGUUGUAGCAGUGCGGCCUCUAGCUUCAGCAACGACAACUAGGCUCUAGCCUGGCCAUCUGAAGUCCACGGUGAAUCGGGAGGAAGGACAGUACCGGUAGACGAUGUUGCUUGGAAGAGGCAGUCCCACCUGGCCACAGGCCUGCUGGCUGCCCUUGACCAACACUAGGGAUGUUUUUUUUUUUUGACAUCCCACCUGUGAACUAUACAAUCCUGCCACCUACUUUUGCUGCUUUACUCUCCAAACACCUCAGAUGCCUUAUGGGGAAUACAGCCGGAAUCAAAGAAGAUGGAUGAACGCUUCAAGUAUUCAAAUGUGCAUUUGGUUUCUGGGUUUUGGGUUUUUUUUUUUUUUUUUGGAGUGCUGCUCUUGAAUUCCCACGAUGGGAUUGGCUGUCUGGACACUUACAUUUUGUUCUCCUUCGCUCUCCCCUGAUGUUCUAGAGUUGUUUCUAGAGAGGAUGGGCAAAUACUGUUGGAGAGCUCUUUUCGACGUUUCCAUGGACCACAGGCAUCCUUUUUAUUUUUUUCAAUGACAUAACGGUGUCGACAGGUUAUCGGCAGGACUUAUUGCAGACUUUCCAACUCUGUGCCUGUUUUUUCGGAGCUUUUUCAGGAGGUCUGUUGCAACAGGAGAAGAUAGAAGAUAGACCCAAGUCGUUUUUAUAGUGUUGAGCCAGCCUUGGGUAGAAGAAAGAUCUUUCUUGAUGUUAGCUUGGCUCCCCAGGGCCAAAGGAAUCCUAAUGUGUUUAAGCCACUCUGGUUAGCCAGGAUUCGUUCCAGAUACAUCUUUGAGCACUUUGUCGCUGAGCAUUAGUAGGAGUUGAUCCUGAAUUUCUUCUCCGGAAUCCUCCAGCAUUGACUUUCCACCUGGUUGGUAGCAUCUGACAAUCAUACUUGUGUUCUACUUCUACCUCGGCCUUCCUGUUUCCAUGAAACAAGAUGGAACCAUGAAAGGGGUGGAGAGAGGCACGGCUGAAAUUUAAAGUAUCUCUAUCAUUUUGAAGAAAAUAACAAAUAUCUUAUAUCUCACGGACCUUUUGACCACAUAGGAUAUGGUCCCGAUUGUCCCUUUCCUGUGCCAUCAGUUUUAUCUGGCUGGCGAUCCCUGCCCAAACGUGGCUGGUUAGUUAUUUUUAAUUAUUGUCCUUUUUUUUUUUAAAUUUUUCCUCAAAUGGAAGAUGCUUUCCCACGUUCACUGCCUCAAUCAUCUGUCUUCUCUCAAACCAUCAAGGUAGCUUCAACUGCUUGGUUUGAGAAGCAAUGACCACGUUUCCUAUAAUGCAUUUCCUAGGACCUAAAACCUUCCCCCUCCCCAUCUGAUUUUCUUCUCCUUUCUUAUCCAUUGUGAGUUACUCAACGCGGUUACAACCUCCCACCCUUUUACAGGAUCCCAGUUGCGUGGAGAACAACCUACAGAGACUCCUCAAAUUAAAUGUUUUUAUAAGGUGAUUGAAACCUGUCUGUCUGUCUGUCUCUCUCUCUCUGUUUUCGAUCGACUUGUUUUAACGGUGAAGUUUAAAACAACAACAAUUUUAAUGUAUUUAAUAAAUUAUUCUGAGAAAACUGCAAAA